AUGCUCUACCUCUUUGAGUCCAAAAAACUUUUAAAAAAAGAGGAUUUCCAAGAUAUAAGCAAACAAAGACAUACUUUAUUUAAGGAGUUGAUUGGAUCAUACAACAAUGUGCUGCACUUGACAAAUGGAAAACUACUUAGAGUUUUUACUAUACCUUAUGCUGCAGAAG